UGCGCUGGGCUUUGCUUAGCUUGCUAGCCGCUAACAAAGAGACGCGGAAGUAGGCCACACGUCGCUCAGCGGAUACACGUCUAAUUGUCGUGAUUGUGCCAAAAUGCGUACAGUCCAAAUGCUGAGAGCGUUGGUGAAUCAGCGACUAAAUGCGGCGGUUGAGGAAAUAUUUGUGGUGUUCGAAAGAACGAUAGCGGACUACGAGGAAGAGAACCAGCGACAACGUCGACUACUGGACGCUGUCUUCAAGCGGCCUCGACUUGUGUUAAACAAAGCAGACAUCUGUGGAGAACAUUCUCUCCUUGAGCAGCAGGAGUGGACCUUCACGGAGGGGCCACAACCACCCCACAUUGAAGAGGAGGAGCCAUACCACCCACAUAUUCAAGAGAAGGACCCACUGUCCCCUCCGUUUAAAGAAAACAAGGCACGACAGUCCCCUCAAAUUAAAAGAGAAGAGGAACAGCCCCCACAAUAUAUAGAGGAAGAGAAGCAACAGCAUUCUCACUUUAAAACAGAAGAGGAGCCACAGUCAACCCAAAUUAAAGCCGAUGAGUCACAGUCCCCUCACAUUGAGGAAGUUGAAGCGCCAGAGUCUCCCCAAAUUAAAGAGGACGAUGAGAAGCCACAGCCUCCUCAAUUUGUAGAACAACAGCCCCCUCACCUUAAAACAGAAGAGCCACAGUCAUCCCAAAUUAACGCAGACGAGUCACAGUUCCCUCACAUUGUGGUAGUUGAGGCGCCAGAGUCCCCCCUAAUUAAAGAGGACGAUGAAGAGCCACAGCCUCCUCAAUUUGUAGAGGAAGAGCCACAGCCCCCACACUUCAAAACAGAAGAAGAUGAGCCACAGUUCCCUCAAUUUGUAGAGGUAGAGCAACAGCCCUUCCAAAUUAAAGUUGAGUCACAAUCCCCUCACAUUGAGGAAUAUUGGGCGCCACAGUCCUCUGUGUUAAAAGGGAAGAGGUGCCACAGCCCCCACACAUUCAAAAAGAAGAGAAUGAGCCACUGCACCAGCAUGGUAAAGAGGAAGAGGAGGAGCCACAAAAGUGAAAGUGAGGAGAAGAGAGAGGCGGAGCCUCCAAGCAGCAGCUCAACUCAACACAUGACAACAGAAGCUGAUGGAGACCACUGUGGAGGAUCACAAGCAGACAAGAUCUUAGCUCCACUAUCAGAUAGUGACGACACAACGUCUCACUCUCCUGACACUGAUGAAGAAGACUCUGAAGAUGAUAAGACAUGUCACACUGACAACACACACUUUACAUGUUCUCACUGUGACAAAACUUUUACUUAUCGUAGUUAUCGGAAAAUACACAUGAGAACACACACUGGAGAAAAACCCUUUUCCUGUACAGUCUGUGGUAAAGGUUUUGCACAAAAUUGUCAUCUGAAAAGACACACAAGAAUGCACACUGGAGAAAACCCCAUUUCCUGUUCAGUCUGUGGUAAAGGUUUUGCGGGAAAAAGUGAUCUGAAAAUACACUCAAGAAUGCACACUGGUGAAAAACCCUUUUCUUGUUCAGUGUGUGGUAAAGGUUUUGCACAAAAUAGUCACCUGAAAAUGCAUACAAGAAUGCACACUGGUGAAAAAUCAUUUAUCUGUUCAUUCUGUGGUAAAAGUUUUACACAAAAUAGUGAUCUAAAAAGACACACAAGAAUGCACACUGGAGAAAAACCCUUUCCCUGUUCAGUAUGUGGUAAAGGUUUUGCACGAAAUGGUAAUCUGAAAAAACACGCAAGAAUGCACACGGAGAAAAUCCCUUUUCCUGUCCCUUCUGUGGUAAGGGUUUUGCACAACAACGUCAUCUAAAAACACACAAGAGUGUACACUGGAGAAAAAAUACAUUUUCCUGUCCAGUCUACUGUACACUGGAGACAAACCAUUCACCUAGAAGGCAUUAUUGAUAAUGCAGAGCAGAAAGCACACUGGUGAAAAUCUUUUUAUCAGCUCAGUCGGCUUUAAAGGUUUCAUAGACAGUCUAACUUUGAAAAGACACACACUCAAGAGAAACCAUUUAGUUGCAGUUUGUGUGUGUGAUGAAAGAUUCCCUAAUAAGUAGCAGUGUAAGACACACAUGUGUGCGGGUGAGAAGAGCAGCAGCAAAUGAAGACGCAGGAUGUUUUGUCAUUGUUCUGUGUGUUACAAGCUUGACAAAUAAUUCAGACUUUUAUGUUCCAACACAUUUACCUAGGGGUGUCCGAUAAUGGCUUUUUGCCGAUAUCCGAUAUUCCGAUAUUGUCCAACUCUUUAAUUACCGAUACCGAUAUCAACCGAUACCGAUAUCAACCGAUAUAUACAGUCGUGGAAUUAACACAUUAUUAUGUCUAAUUUGGACAACCAGGUAUGGUGAAGAUAAGGUGAUUUUUAAAAAUUAAUAAAAUAAGAUAAAUAAAUUAAAAACAUUUUCUUGAAUAAAAAAGAAAGUAAAACAAUAUGAAAACAGUUACAUAGAAACUAGUAAUCAAUGAAAAUUAGUAAAAUUAACUGUUAAAGGUUAGUACUAUUAGUGGACCAGCAGCACGCACAAUCAUGUGUGCUUACGGACUGUAUCCCUUGCAGACUGUAUUGAUAUAUAUUGAUAUAUAAUGUAGGAACCAGAAUAUUAAUAACAGAAAGAAACAACCAUUUUGUGUGAAUGAGUGUAAAUUGGGGAGGGAGGUUUUUUGGGUUGGUGCACUAAUUGUAAGUGUAUCUUGUGUUUUUUAUUGAUUUAAUAAAAAAAAAACGAUACCGAUAAUUUCCGAUAUUACAUUUUAACGCAUUUAUCGGCCGAUAAUAUCGGCAGGCCGAUAUUAUCGGACAUCUCUACAUUUACCCUUGCAUGCUAAGAGCAUUUAGAACUGUUAGCGAUCUAUAGCGUUAAUUUUUGUUUGGUUAAUGACAGGCUAUGAGACAUUGUCAUCACCCUUCAACAUCUCUACCAUGUAAAUGCUGCCUCUUUCCUAGAUCAGCAUUGUAAAUGUAAAUAUGUUCUUAAUUGUUUUACCCUUGAUGAAUCAAUGUUAAAUAAAUACAUGUAAUAUAGGAAGUAAAUGUUUAUGUACUACAUUACCCAGAACGGUUAGUGCUGUAGACAGGAACAGGAAGUAGGUUUGAGUUAUGUUGGAGGACAUUUGUGCCAUUUGAUCAAUAAAGAGUUGAUAUAUUGUUUUACAUGUUGUUGAUCAAUAAAGAGUUGAUAUAUUGUUACAUGUUGUUGAUCAAU